AUGGCCAAAAGAAAUCUCAGCACUGUGACAGAGUUCAUUCCUGUAGUCUUCACAGAUCACCCUGAACUGGCAGUUCCACUCUUCCUAGUGUUUCUCAGCUUCUAUCUUGUCACUUUUCUGGGGAAUGGGGGGAUGAUCAUUCUAAUCCAAGUGGAUGCCCAACUCCACACCCCCAUGUACUUCUUCCUGAGCCACCUUGUUUUCCUGGAUGCCUGCUGUGCCUCAGUAAUCACCCCUCAGAUUCUGGCCACACUGGCCACAGACAAGACAGUUAUCUCCUAUGGCUGCUGUGCUGUGCAGUUGUCUUUCUUCACCAUCUGUGCAGGCACAGAGUGUUACCUGCUGUCAGUGAUGGCCUAUGACUGCUUUGUUGCCAUUAGCAAUCCACUGCGCUAUAACAUGACCAUGACUCCAGGUACCUGCAGGGUCUUUUUGGCCGGUGCCUUCAUCUGUGGGGUGUCUGGGGCCAUUCUGCAUACCAUGUGCACAUUCACCCUCUCCUUCUGUUGUGACUAUCAGAUCAACUUCUUCUUCUGUGACCUCUCACCCCUGCUGAAGCUCGCCUGCAGCAGCAUGACACAAACUGAGAUUGUCAUUCUCCUUUGUGCAAAAUGCAUGUCCCUAGCCAAUGUCAUGGUUAUCCUGAUCUCCUACAUGCUCAUUAUCAGAGCCAUUUUGAGGAUGAAGUCGGCAGGUGGGUAA